GCGAGCGCAUGGUUGUUCAUUCAUUCAACAAUGUUAAAAUUAAAUUAUUUGUGUAUUUUCAUUGGCGCGCUAUUUAUUAGUGAGACAAAUCAACAGAAUGUACACGAUUGUAAAUUAUUUUGUGAUGCCGUAUCUGUGAUUGAUUCCGAAACAUGUGCAUGUGUAAAAACGGCUGUUAGUGAAAUUGAGAGAAAAAAACGUUCGUCAGACGGCGAUUCCACAUCAGACGUGAUAAGAGGUGAUGAGUUCACGACACAUCGAUGUAGUAAUGAUGAAAAAUGGAAUGGCAGUGCAUGUAUUUCGACAAUUAGCUUAUUAUGCCCGGGAGGUUAUCAAUGGAACGGACGUACUUGCAUAAUUCAAACACGAGUAGAAACGGCUGCUUUGGUGCCUUCCCCUCCAGACACAAAGUGUAAAUAUGCAAAAGAGAGAGAAAAAGAAGCGGAACGCUUGCAGAUGCCAUUAAUGGUUAUGCCCACAUUUUCAACAUCACCAAUGUGCCCGUUUGGUUUUAUUUGGUUGUCUAACAGUGGAUGCGUACGAAAUCCAAAUCCUGUUUGUCCAAGUGGAUAUUCUUAUUAUAACAAUAUUUGCCAUUUCAAUCAGCAACCAUUGAAAGAUACAAUUGUUGAAACUACAACACAGGAAUCAUCCACAGGUGAUAUUUUCAAGCAAAACAGUAUUACUGGAAAUAAAUGGCUUAAAAAACCCAUCGUCAGAUAUGAAAAUGUUGAAUUACCACAUAAAGUGGAAACUGAAAAUGGUCAUUCACCAACUGACGAGGAAGCAGAGAUUUCAUAUAAUAAAAAUGGGCAACGGUGUUGCAAUAUGAUGACACCGAAAAUAUGCCGACAAGUUUCAAACGAAUUGGGAGUAAAGUGGCAAUGUUAUCAUCAGAAAUAUAGACGAUGCGGUGAUUUUUGUACAAAACCUAGUAUUUAUUUACGCCCCAAACAAAUUUCGUUCAACGAACCGAUAUUGAUAAUGCCGCCGCCACCUCCAAGGCUCAUGAAAUUGAUGCAAAACCAUGUGUUUCGGGAAACAAAUAUCGACUGCUCUGGUUGCCUGAAUGGAACAUACGGUUGCUCGUCCGAAUGUUUUUCUUAUGACUGUAAACCAAGUACAUGCGAUUUUGUCAAUGAUGAUAUUUUUUGCGAAGAAAGCAACGAUGACGAUGGAUCCGUUGAAAUUGGUGACUAUGAUGAUAUUUGCUCAUAUUUAUCAUUAUCCUAGCUAAUAUUCAAAUGUGUAUUUGACAAAAUCACCAUUAAUUUAAUAAAUAGACUAAUAAUAGACAAAACAAA